CGUCUGUUUGAGACGGCGACGGCGAUGGUGGACCGAAGCCCAAAGGCAGCGGCCGGCGCAAAGGGAGGCUCAGCUAGGGUGCACACGGGCAAGACCAUCCGCGCCCAGUCCCGCCCGCAUCCUCGCGCGCAGCCGGCGACGGCGAGUGUCAGUGCGCACGGAAAGGACGAGCGGCUCCUCGCGUCGCUCUCAAACGACACCGAGGGCGCAGUCGGGAGCACAAGCGGUGGAGGCGCGGUCAGUGCAGGUGACAAAGACAAGGGCAAGGGCAAGGGCAAGGCGCGCGCAAAGGAUGCUGCCGUCGUGGCGGGCAAGAAGUCGGUCCUGCGGCCCAUCCUGGCCAGCCCCUACGCCUUCGCAUGGCCAAGCAUCGCAAAGGCCGAUGGCGAGGUGCUGCUGCAUUCCCUCGUCGACUUUCUCAAGGCGGCCGUCGGGCCUCGCCGGCGCACAGCGCGAGCGAGCACGGCGGCUCAGUCGACGGACAUGGACGUGGACCAGCCCGCACCGUCCACUUCUUCGUCGUCGGCGGCAGUGCCAGAAGUGGAGAUCCUGACGGGCAUCAACUCCAUCACGCGGCACCUCGAGUCCGCCAUCGCGCUCGCCCCGCCCGCCGCCGCCGCGUCGUCUGCACAUCCACUCAAGCGAGGCAUGCUCUUUGUAUGCAAAGACGACGUCGAGCCAGCCGGGCUUGUCUCGCAUUUCCCCAUGCUCGUCUCCAUCUACAACUCUUCCACUUCCACAUCCACUUCUCCUUCCACUUCCACUUCAGCAGCAGCAACAGAAGGGAAAGGUGGAUCGGCAGGCAUCGUCCUCGUGCCGCUCCCUGCGGGCGCCGAGGCGCUCGUCGCGGCCGCUGCCACCGUUGAACAGCCAGCGCGCAGGGCAGCGAGCUCGCGCCGCACGCAGACAGAGACAUGGCGGCGCCGCGCCUCGUCGCUCCUCGUCCUCGCGCCGCAGCAUCCCGCAACGCCAAAAGCAGAGGAAACAAUAGCAACGGCAACGGCAACAACGGCGGCGAGGGAGCUGUUCGACAAGGCGCAGCGCAUGGGCCUCGCGCCGCCGCGGAUGCCCUGGCUCGAGUCGGCCCUCCAAGCGCCAGUGGCAGGAGCAACAGCGGUGACACGAGCAGGAGCAGGAGCAGGAGCAGGAGCAGCGACGACGACAGGGGGGCAGGGAGAGCCGCGCCGGGUCGAACUCAUCGUGCCGCGCAUCAAGGUGCUCAAGUCGAGCGCGCCCAUCGACCUGGCGCACAUCAAGGCGCAGAAGAAGCAGCGCCGGACAAAGGAGCCCCGCGCGCGCUCUGCCGCUGCCGCUGCUGCUUCCCGCCAGCAGGUCGAGCAGGCUCUCAAGAAGAAGAAGAAGAAAAAGAAGAAGAAGAGAAAGGAGAAAGAGAAGGAGGCGGCGGGGAGUGCCGCAGAGUGAGAGUCAUGUGCCAUGGAAAGGAAGAAUGUUAUUUCUUG